CCGCCCUCCGAGCCCGCCCCGCAGCCUCCGCCGCUGCCGCAGGGGCCAGGAGCCCACUCUCCGGCGUCCCGACGCUGAGGCCCCGGCGGGGGUGGGUCCCCAGAGAGAAGGCAAGGAGUUGCCACGCAAGAAAAUACAAACAGGGGAAAAAGUGUUUCUUCUGGUUGCUAAUGUGAAUUGUGGACUACAGAUACAUAGAGAAAGCAGAUUGCACAGACGUGAAUAUUUUCACCAGGAUCUAAAGACUAAAUAAUUUCUCUUCAGGCUUGUCAUGGAUUUUUCUGGACAAAGGGAUCUGUGAAAUUAUGUGAAUAGAGACUUUUUUCAAAAUCAUGGGGGAAAGAGAAAGUCCAGACACUGACCAAGAAAAUAAGGCAGAUAAACACCAUUACUAUUAUUGUUCAUCUUAUGUUGAAACUACACCACAGUCUUCUGGCCGGUCAUCGCUGGUCAAUCCCUCCUCACAUAGUAAGAAAAAAAAUUCUAAAAGACAGUUUUCGGAUAGCGAAGUCCAUCACCACGCCCCUAAGAAACCAAGUCCUAAGGGUCCAUCAAACAGAAAGGAAGUCCGAGUGGGAUUUCGCUCCCAGAGCCUGAAUAGGGAGCCACUUCGGAAAGAUACUGAUCUCGUUACAAAACGGGUUCUUUCUGCAAGACUGCUAAAAAUCAGUGAAUUGCAGAAUGAAGUGACUGAACUCCACAUCAAGUUAGCUGAGCAGCUAAAAGAAAAUAAGGCUUUGAAAAGGCUUCAAUACAGACAGGAGAAAGCCCUGAAUAAGUUUGAAGAUACAGAAAAUGAAAUAUCACAACUUAUUACUCGUCAUAACAAUGAGAUCACAGCACUCAAAGAACGCUUACGAAAAUCUCAGGAGAAAGAACGGGCAACUGAGAAAAAGGUGAAAGAUGCAGAAGGUGAACUAUUUAAGACAAAAUUUUCCUUAAAGAAACUGAAAAUGAUCUCUGAAGCUAGACACCUACCUGAGCGAGAUGAUUUGGCAAAGAAACUAGUUGCAGCAGAGUUAAAAUUAGAUGACACUGAGAGAAAAAUUAAGGAACUAUCAAAAAACCUUGAACUGAGUAGUAACAGUUUCCAACGACAGUUGCUUGCUGAAAAGAAAAGGGCAUAUGAUGCUCAUGAUGAAAAUAAAGUUCUUCAAAAGGAGCUACAACAACUGCAUCAUAAGUUAAAGGAAAAGGAGAGAGAACUGGAUAUAAAAAACAUAUAUUCUAAUCGUCUACCAAAGUCUUCUCUAAAGAAAGAAAGAGAACAAAUAUCAAGAAAAAAUGCUGCAUGCCAGAGUGAUUUUACAUACCAGUGUACAAAAGGAGUGCAAACCAGUGAAGACUUCACGCUGGAAGAAUCUCCUAUUAUUCCACAAACCGUUAUGUGUUAUGAAAACAAAUGGGAACCCGAACUUCUUCCUUUGGACCUGAAAUCUCAAGAGAAAGAUGAGCAUGAAGAAGCAGGAAUUCUAAACCCAGUUGAGGAAAGAGAAGAAAAUUUUGUUAAAGAUCAAAGAAGCCAUGUUGUAAAACAAGAGGUUGAGAAGCUGGAGGAUGAAUGGGAAAGAGAAGAACUUGCUAAAAAGCAAAAAGAAAAGGCAUCUAUGCUGGAGAUAGAAGAAAAGCCAGCAUUGGAAACUGGAAGAUACCAAGUGGAAAUGUUCCAAAUUCAAAAUAUUGAUGAAGAGGAAGAAGACAGACUAAAGAGAGAACUGCUGCUUGCUAAACUGAAGGAAAUCAGCAGAGAACAAGAGUCUCUGAAUCUAAAAUGUCCUUCUCUGCCGUUGCUACCUGAUUUGGAAUCUAAGCUGCACUCCCCAAAGAGAAGCCCCAAACCAUACCUGUUCUCUGACUCCUUAGAGAGAUUCUUUAAUGGGCAUCAUUUACAAGACAUCAGUGUUUUAACUGCAAAAGGAGAUGGUCAGACUCCAGGAAGUAUCAGAAGCCCACUCUCUCCAAAUGAGCUUGUAUUUGGCAGCUAUGUGCCUUCAUUUGCAAACACAAGGAAGUCCAGUCCAUUUAGUCAAAAAAGUAGCCUUUUGGAUUUCCAAAGAAACAGUAUAGAGAAACUUAGUAGUAAAGGCAGUGCAGAUUUAACCACAAGAAGAGAGAAAAAAGCCAGUCUGAUGGAACAGCUAUUUGGUACCAGUGCCAGCAGCACCGGGUCCUCUAAAAGCAGUGACCGGAGUUCUCUCGCUGCCAACAAGGGAGACUCUGACCCUUUAAAUGUUCUCCCUGGGGACAAAAGCAGCAGGGGUGGAGAACUUGAUGAAGAUGACUUUUUCCUCAGUGAAGGAAGAGGUUUUAAUCCAAACAGACACAGAUUAAAAAAGGCAAACCAUAAGCCAGUUGAUUCUGUAGAAGAUGAAAUUGAAGAAGCACUGAGAUGAGUAACUAGGGUAUACAUUUUUUUUUCCAAUUUUAAAUACAAUAUUUUAAUAGUAUAUGUUAUAAACAUUUAGACUUUUUAAUAUUGAAAAGUUCUUAAGGAAUGAUUUUAAUAGAUAAAUACCGUGCAAAUAAAAAUAAGUAGAGUAUAUCACACCACUUAGCUAGUUUGCCAAGUAUGAAGGAGGUUCUUUUGAAUGAAACCAAAAAUAGAGAUACAUAUCUUAACUUCGUUUUUACUUUAUUUACAUAUAGUUUCUACCUUUUAAAUCAGCUCUUUGGGAAGUUUAACUCCAUUGGAGUUUAUUUUCUAUUUUUAAUUCCUAUUUAUUUAUUUGUACUUAGCUCAGUGAGGAUAUAACCAAGAAUAGCCUCCCUGCUGAUUAUUGAAUGUAAAUUAAGGGUGAGAGACUCUGUUGGAAGUGUUGAAACUCCCAGGUGGCGGAGAACGGGUGCUACUUCGGAGCCUCGUCUUUACUGGGUAGGGGUGCAGGUCCCUUUCUUAUAUGGCAAGUCAGAGCUACUUUUAAGUGGAAGCUGUCAACAUUGGGAUUUCCCAUUCCUUUGGAAGGAACCAGAGUUAAGCACUACUCAUUUCCCAAUUAUAAGUCCCAUAAAUCACUUCCUAAAACUGCUAACAUAUUAGGUUCAAUUCAGAAGACGUUUGUUUGCAUGGACAAUUCUCCUGACAUGGCUUCCAGUGUAAACAGUAAUUCCUCUUCUUGUUCUCCUAAAUUAUUUAAAUCUGAGAUUUCAUUCUACUAUAGAAAGAUUUUCAACUCAAUUAUGUUUCCAAAGUAAUUAACUUGGAAAUUUUAAAAUAUAUACUAUGAAGAUUUGAACUUACGGUCAAACGAAAGAGAGAAUGGUAGUGUAAUACAAUUGCAGUUAAAGGAGUUUUAGAAAUGGGAUUUCUGACUUGCAAUGUAGGGGGAUGUUUUACUAUUGAAAUGCAUUUGCUUUAGUCUUUUGCUCUUUGUAGCUCACUUUAUCUACAAAAGAUUUUAUGACCUUGGAUUAUGCUGGGUAUGGUUGGUCUGUAAGUAGUAAUACAUUACCAACCAAGGAGAGAUUUCUGUUAACACUUAAAAUGGCAAGUGGUAGAAAUAGUGUGUUGAAGGAAGAGUAAAAAAAUGUAGAUUGGCACUUAUUCUAAAGCGAGGUGGUUUUUUUAUUUUUUCACUCAGUAUGAUUUCUAAUGCCAGGCAUACAUACUGAUGAGGGUGCAAGUUUUAUCUUGAGUCCUUAUAAAUGCUUAUUAUUGACUAUAAUUUCAUAACUGUUUGACACGACGUACCUGGUUAGGUCUCUAAUUAAAAGAUAUACCAGCUGUCUUUUAAAUUGUAUUCCUAUCAUUUAUUGGGAAUUGAAUCUCCCAAAAGUGCUAAACUGUAUUUUUAAAUGUUUUAAUAAAUACAUUUUUAUAUCUGAUGUAAAUACACACUUUGUGUAGUCUAAUAUAUGUGAACCACAAUAUUGUAAUGCAGUUCUUGAUAAAAUAUUAUAUUAAUUUUGUUCAUAACUGCUAGUUUUUCUGCCAAAAGUAUUCUAAUAUUUAGGUUACUUUGUCUUACAAGCUUUUUAAAAAGCAUUUUGGUAAAGUUUUAUAUUCAGGUCAUUUUAAUUACUCUCUUACUUUCCUCUACCUGGUGUUUUCUAGGCUCUUUAACCAGAUGCAAAAGACAGAAUUAUUAAAUUUAAACCUAAAAUUAAGUCAUAGACUUAGAAGCAUUAUGGUCUGAAGCAUUAAAAUUGGAGAUUAAAAUGUAUAGAACAGGUUUUUCUUUAUGAACAAACCAUAGAGAAUAAAUCAUUUAUUUCUAAAUGUCAAGUGAAAUUUGUUAUUUGUACUCAGAACUUUUACUAAUAAAAGUUAAAAACUAUAACUUGUUGUUUGAGUGAUACUUUAGGUCCCUUAGGAAAUAUAUAAU